CUUCCCAACCCUUCGCCUCCCUCCGCUUCCUGACGGAACCCUCGGAUUCCGUCGCCCUCCGCGGCGGCUCCGUCCUCCUCCACUGCUCCGCCCGCUCCGACCUCGGAAUUCCCAAGAUCCGCUGGAAGAAAGAUUCCGUCUUUUUGCCCCCGGAAUCCGACGAGAGGCUCCAACAGCUUCCCAACGGAUCCCUUUGGAUCAGGAAUGUUGUUCAUUCCCGGCACCACAAACCGGAUGAGGGGAUUUAUCAGUGCGAAGCUUCCUUGGAAAAACUCGGAGCCGUCGUCAGCCGGGCGGCCAAAGUGCUGGUG